GCUCAUAGUAUGCGCAUUAGAAGUCUCUGUGAAGGUUGCAUCACUACACGUGAAGUUGGGGUGUCCGCGUCUCGUUAUAGGUUUUUCAUAAAUUAAACCGAUAAAACGUUUCAAAUCAAGAUGCUUACAGCUGCCAGGUUGUUAACACGUAACUGUAGUAGUAUAACCUGCGACAUCGCCAGGAAACAACAAUUCAGCACAAUACUAAAAAAUGCUGCGGCUCCUACAUUCAACAUACCCCAACGAUUUACUGAUCUGCAUCAAUAUCGACACAAAUCAGAAGGUGUCAAAGGUGCAGUUAUUGGUAUCGAUUUGGGAACAACAUUCUCAUGUGUAGCUGUUAUGGAAGGAAAACAAGCUAAAGUUAUAGAAAAUGCAGAAGGAUCAAGAACAACUCCAUCUUAUGUAGCAUUUACCAAAGAAGGUGAACGUUUGGUUGGUAUGCCAGCUAAACGUCAAGCAGUCACAAAUUCAGCAAAUACAUUCUACGCUACGAAACGACUAAUUGGACGAAAAUUCGAAGAUCCUGAAGUAAAAAAAGAUAUGAAAUCUGUUUCUUAUAAAAUUGUUCGAGCUUCUAAUGGAGAUGCGUGGGUACAAGGAGGAGAUGGUAAAAUGUAUUCCCCUAGUCAAAUUGGUGCAUUUGUACUCAUAAAGAUGAAAGAAACAGCAGAAUCAUAUCUAAAUACUUCGGUGAAGAAUGCUGUAAUUACUGUCCCUGCAUAUUUCAACGAUUCACAAAGACAGGCUACCAAAGACGCUGGUCAAAUUGCCGGUCUUAAUGUACUUAGAGUAAUUAAUGAACCGACGGCUGCUGCCCUUGCAUAUGGAAUGGACAAGACAGAAGAUAAAAUUAUUGCAGUAUACGAUUUGGGAGGUGGUACUUUUGAUAUUUCUAUUUUGGAAAUUCAAAAAGGGGUGUUCGAAGUGAAGUCUACAAACGGAGACACCUUCUUAGGAGGAGAAGACUUUGACAAUGCAUUGGUUAAUUAUCUUGUAUCGGAAUUUAAGAAAGAUCAAGGUAUAGAUGUAGCUAAGGACGCAAUGGCUAUGCAAAGAUUGAAAGAAGCAGCUGAAAAGGCAAAGAUAGAAUUAUCUAGUUCCUUACAAACUGAUAUAAACUUACCUUAUUUAACGAUGGAUUCGAGUGGUCCAAAACACUUAAACCUGAAGCUUUCAAGGAGUAAAUUUGAGAGCCUUGUUGGCGAGUUAAUUAAACGUACCAUUCAACCAUGUCAAAAAGCGCUGUCCGAUGCUGAAGUAACAAGAUCUGAUAUUGGUGAAGUACUACUGGUUGGUGGCAUGACGAGAGUGCCUAAAGUUCAGCAAACUGUACAAGACAUUUUCGGUCGACAACCUUCAAAGGCUGUAAACCCUGAUGAAGCUGUAGCAGUUGGUGCUGCAGUUCAGGGUGGUGUACUUGCGGGAGAUGUAACGGACGUUCUUCUUUUGGAUGUUACUCCUUUAUCACUUGGAAUCGAGACAUUAGGUGGCGUCUUCACCCGAUUGAUUUCCCGGAAUACGACUAUUCCUACCAAAAAGAGUCAAGUGUUCUCCACAGCUGCCGAUGGUCAGACUCAAGUAGAAAUUAAAGUACAUCAAGGUGAAAGAGAAAUGGCUUCCGACAACAAACUCCUCGGACAAUUUACUCUUGUUGGAAUUCCACCUGCGCCGAGAGGAGUGCCACAAAUAGAAGUUACGUUUGACAUCGAUGCUAAUGGUAUUGUUCAUGUAUCUGCUAGAGACAAAGGAACUGGAAAGGAACAACAAAUCGUCAUUCAAUCAAGUGGCGGUCUAAGCAAAGAUGAGAUCGAAAAUAUGGUGAAAAAUGCUGAACAAUACGCCAAACAAGAUAAAAUCAAAAAGGAAAGAGUUGAAGCUGUGAAUCAAGCUGAAGGUAUUAUUCACGAUACGGAAUCGAAAUUGGAAGAAUUCAAACCACAAUUACCGCAAGAUGAGUGUGAUAAACUUAGAGAAUUGGUUGCGAAAAUGCGAGAGACAUUAGGUAAAAAAGACGAUAUUGAACCGGAAGAAAUUAAGAGGCAAACAAACGAAUUACAGCAAGCGAGUCUCAAAUUGUUCGAAAUGGCAUACAAGAAGAUGGCUGCUGAACGGGAAGGACAAAAUCAACAGCAAGAGCAACAACAGGAAGAAAGGGGAGAAAAGAAAGAGGAGAAGAAUUAAUUACGUUCAAAUAAAAAUUAUAUUUGCGUAAAAUAAAUUAAUUAUAUUCAGAUAAAAAAUUAAUUGUUUACACACAGCUGUAGGAGUACGAAUCUUGCGCAGUCAAGUAAAAUACGUCGUUAUAAGCCGUGCAACAAAUUAGUAUCGAAAAUGGGCAGUGUAGUUUUGAUAUGUUAAUUUUGGACCAUACGUGAAUUACUAUAAUGCAUACUUCAAUUUAAAUUGAGAAGGUAAAGUAUUGAUGAAAACUUCAAUGGUCGUAAUUCCUAUUUGGAUGACCCCAUAAAGAAUUUCAAAAAAGAUCAAGAAUUUUUUAAUUUCAAUUCGUACUAAUAAAUAAUUUAAAAACGUAAACAUGUAAAUGUAAACUUUUACAAGGAAAUAAUAUACAUAGUAUCUUAUUUAUUAUGCAUCCAAUUACAAUUUUAUAAAUGCAAGUGAAAUUGUAAAUUCUGUACAUAACUGCUUGCAUUAUAGGACUGUUGCUAUCAAAUUUUGUAUCGUUAUAUGCAAAAAGUUUUAAAACAUAUGUUAAUUUCGACUAAUUUGGCCACAUUAAGAAAAUAGUAAUGGAAAUUGAUAGCUCAAAAAUUAACAGAAGUACGACGUGGUAUACUUUGUAAUGGCAGAAUUUUGUUAAUCCAGUAUGAAUGUGGAAGAAUAUAAGUACGAGAAAGUGUGAAGAAUGCUCGAUACAAAACCGAUUAUUCUCUAAAAAAAUACGCGUAUGUAGAUUAUUUUAGGUAUGUAAUAUUGUAUUAUGAUAUAACCACGUUAUUAAAAUUUUUUAUUCGUCACACAGA